UGCAAAGCUGCUAAACCAUCAUUUCUUAGCAUUUUCUGGGGUCAAAACCAAACCAAAGUAUGCAGAUUCGUUUCACACUGAAACUUCAUAUGUCCAUAUCUGGAAGAAUAUUUUAUAUUUUGAAGUCAAUUUUGCCUGCCAGAAAAUUAUUUUGGUUGAAUUUCCUAGAAGAUGUGAAAACACAUAAACCAUAAUUUUCUUUGUCCUCAUUGACUUCGUAUCGAUCAGACCAGUUUUUUCGGUGAUUCAAUUUAUAGAUCAAUCGAGUAUUUCUGUUCUUACAUUACUCUUAAUCUUAGCUGCUCGAUCAUCGCUGACCAGGUGCGAUCGAUUAAUGGCUUCUUCUUCUUCUUCUUCUUCUUCUGGCCUUGGUUGGAAAUACGAUGUGUUCAUCAAUUUCAGAGGGGAAGACACUCGCAAGGGCUUCGUCAGCCAUCUCUACAACGCUCUGGCUAAGAAACCAAUCAACGCCUUCAUUGAUGCCGAGAAGCUCAGAAAAGGCGACCACCUUUCCCAGCUCCUAACAGCGAUUCGAGAGUCGAGGAUUUCGAUUGUAGUUUUCUCUCAAGACUAUGCUUCUUCCACUUGGUGCUUGAAAGAACUUGUGCAAAUCCUGGAAUGCAAGGAUACCAAUAACCAGAUUGUACUCCCCAUUUUCUAUGAAGUUGAUCCGUCUGAUGUUCGUAAACUCAAGAGAAAAUUCGCCGAAGCUUUUGCUCAGCACGAUCCUGAUUCUAACGCCAAAAUGGAAGAGGUUCAGAGCUGGAGAUCCGCUCUUACGACUGCCACCGAUUUAACCGGCUGGGAUUCGCGAAACUAUGAGAAUGAUGCAGUGCUUAUUGAGGAAAUUGUAGAAGAUGUUUAUUCGAGAUUGAUCAAAAUCUCAUCAACAUCAAGCAAAGAUAAUGGCUUGGUUGACAUGGAUUCUCACAUGCAUGAAAUGCUUUCAUUAUUAUAUCCCUCCGAAGGUGAAACGAAUAAUGUUCGCGUUGUUGGAAUAUGGGGUAUGGGUGGUUUAGGCAAAACAACCAUCGCUAAUGCUGUUUAUGAUAAAAUCGCUUGUCGAUUUGAAGCUUGUUGCUUUCUUAAAAAUGUCAAGGAGGGUUUCAUGAGGCACGGCGAACUACAUAUGCAGACACAACUUCUAUCUAGUAUCUCGGACAACAAGGUGGGGAGCUCUGACAUAUCGAGAAGAGGUUUUCAGGUGAUGUUAAGAAGCCUUGGUCAGAGAAAAGUUCUUAUUGUUGUUGAUGAUGUGGAAAAAUUAGAACAAAUUGAAGCUUUACUUGGAGAGCGACAAUGCUUUGGUGGUGGAAGUAGGAUUAUUAUCACAAGUAGAGAUUCGCAGUUACUAAGCAUAGCUGAUGUGAUAUAUAAUCCCAAGACCUUGAGUGAUUAUGGAGCACUGGAACUCUUUAGGCGGCACGCCUUCAGAAAAAACCAACCCACCAGAGAUUAUGAUAAUCUCUCGACUUGUGCUGUAAAAUAUGCUCAAGGUCUGCCUUUAGCACUCAAAGUCCUGGGAGCUUUUCUUCAUAACAAAACUAUACGCGAGUGGGAAGAUGAGUUAGAAAAAAUAAGGAAAAUUCCACGAAGGGGAAUUCAUGAUGUGCUUAAAUCAAGCUUCGAUGGACUAGAUGACACAGAGAGGGACAUCUUUCUAGAUAUUGCAUGUUUCUUUAAAGGGAUGGAGAAAGACCAUGCAACCCGAAUUCUAGACGGUUGUGGUUUCCAUCCUCAUAUAGGAAUAAGAGUUCUAAUCGAUCGAGCUCUCAUAACUGUCUCAGAGAAGGGGGAACUAGAGAUGCAUGAUUCAUUAGAGGAAAUGGGUCGGGAAAUCGUUCGCCAAGAAUCUAUCAGAGAGCCUGGGAGACGAAGUAGGUUGUGGAGUUAUGAAGAUGUUCAUCACGUGCUAACUCAAAAUACGGCUACGGAAUCAAUUGAAAGCAUAUUCGUGGAUUUCUCGUACUCAGACUGGGUAUGCUUAAAUGCUGAAGCUUUUGUUAGUAUGACUCAACUAAGACUUCUCAAGAUCGGUCAUAAGGGCUCAAUUUUUGAAGAUUACUACAAACACCACCUGAUUGGGCCCCUUAAGUUACUUAACUUGAGGUAUCUCUCCUUGUUUGAAUUCCCUCUCAAGUCUUUGCCGUCCAACUUUCAAUUGAAAAAUCUUGUUGAACUUGACAUGCAAUUUAGUCUCAUUGACCGACUUUGGGAAGGAACCCAGACGCUGAAAACGUUGAAAUUCAUCAAUUUAAGUUAUUGUGAAUACCUUAAGGAAACCCCUGACUUCACAAAUGUGCCGAAUCUUGAGAGGCUAAUUCUUCAAUGUUGUACAAGGUUAGUUAAGGUUCACCCGUCUACUUCGACUCUUACAAACCUGGUUUUAUUGAAUCUGAAUUCGUGCCAUGACCUUAAGAUUCUACCCAGCAACAUUCGUAUGAAAUAUCUCAAAACCUUUAAUCUUUUUGGCUGCUUGAGCCUUGAGAUGUUUCCAGAGAUUUCAGAAGUGAUUAAGGGGUUAGAAGAGCUUGAUUUAUCCAGGUCAAGAAUUAAAGAAUUGCCCCCGUCAAUUAAUAAUCUCACGGGGUUGAGUCAUUUCAACCUAAAAGAUUGCAAGGAACUUAAGAGUCUACCCAGCAAAAUUCGUAUGAGAUCUCUCAAAAUCUUUAAUCUUUCUGGCUGCUCUAGUCUUGAGAUGUUUCCAGAGAUUUUAGAAGGUAUGGAGAAGUUGGAAGAGCUUAAUUUAACCUGGUCAAAAAUUAAAGAACUGCCCUCGUCAAUUAAUAAUCUCACGGGAUUGAGUCAUUUGAACCUAGAACAUUGCGAGGAACUUAAGAGUCUUCCAAGCAGCAUUCGUAUGAAAUCUCUUAAAACCUUUAAUCUUUAUGGCUGCUCCAAUCUUGAGAUGUUUCCAGAGAUUUUAGAAGGUAUGGAGAAGUUAGAAGAGCUUGAUUUAUCCGGGUCAAAAAUUAAAGAACUCCCUUCGUCAAUUAAUAAUCUCACGGGGUUGAUUCGUUUGAACCUAAUACUUUGCAAGGAACUUAAGAGUCUUCCAAGCAGCAUUCGUAUGAAAUCUCUCAAAACCUUUAACCUUUAUGGUUGCACGAGUCUUGAGAUGUUUCCAGAGAUUUCAGAAGGUAUGGAGGAGUUAGAGGAGCUUAAUUUAUCCGGGUCCAAAAUUAAAGAACUGCCCCUGUCAAUUAAUAAUCUCACGGGGUUGAGUCAUUUCAAACUAAAACAUUGCGAGGAACUUAAGAGUCUUCCAAGCUGCAUUCAUGUGAAAUGUCUAAAAACCUUUAAUCUUUAUGGCUGCUCUAGUCUUGAGAUGUUUCCAUCGAUUUCAGAAGGUAUUGAGGGGUUAGAAAAGCUUGAUUUAUCCGGGGCAAAAAUUGAAGAACUACCCCCGUCAAUUAAUAAUCUCACGGGGUUGAGUCAUUUCAACCUAAAACAUUGCAAGCAACUUAAGAGUCUACCCAGCAAGAUUCGUAUGAGAUCUCUCAAAACCUUUAAUCUUUUUGGUUGCUCCAGUCUUGAGAUGUUUCCAGAGAUUUCAAAAGGUAUGGAGGAGUUAGAAGAGCUUAAUUUAUCUGGGUCCAAAAUUAAAGAAUUGCCCCUGUCAAUUAAUAAUCUCACGGGAUUGAGUCAUUUGAACCUAGAACAUUGCGUGGAACUUAAGAGUCUUCCAAGCAGCAUUCGUAUGAAAUCUCUCAAAACCUUUAAGCUUUAUGGCUGCACCAAUCUUGAGAUGUUUCCAGAGAUUUCAGAAGUUAUUGAGGGAUUAAAAGAGCUUAAUUUAUCCGGGUCCAAAAUUAAAGAACUGCCCCUGUCAAUUAAUAAUCUCACGGGGUUGAGUCAUUUGAACCUAAAACAUUGCGUGGAACUUAAGAGUCUUCCAAGCAGCAUUCGUAUGAAAUCUCUCAAAACCCUUAAUCUUUAUGACUGCUCCAAUCUUGAGAUGUUUCCAGAGAUUUUAGAAGGUAUUGAGGAGUUAGAAGAGCUUGAUUUAUCCGGGUCAAAAAUUAAAGAACUACCGCUGUCAAUUAAUAAUCUCACGGGGUUGAGUUAUUUAAGCCUGAAAUAUUGCGUGGAACUUAAGAGUCUUCCGAGCAGCAUUUCUCAGCUCAAGUCCCUUGUCUCUCUCUCUCUUUCCGGUUCUACAAAAUUUGAGGUGUUUCCAAGCAUUGAAGAAAAUAUGGAAGGAUUAAGAUAUCUUUUCUUGGAUGGAACAUCUAUCAAAGAGCUUUCCCCCUGGAUUGAACAGCUUACGGGGCUUCGGUAUUUAAAUCUGAGAAACUGCAAAAGCCUUGUACAUCUUCCCGACACACUCUGUAAUUUGGCACACCUUAUCACAGACACAUAGCUCUGUCUUGGCCUGAGUCCCUCUCCACCCCAACCCCCCCCCCCCCCAUUUCUAGGGGUUUUGGGUACUCUCUGCUGAUAAACACAUGGAUACGAAGCUCUGUUUUGAAGCAAUCAAUCGGACACUACGCCGCGUUGCGGCGGCUUUGGUGGAAUUGGCGUGGUCAGACGGCUAGCCACGGCCGCAUAUUUU